AGUUCGUUGUGUUAAGACGUUUAUUUCAUAAGUUAACUGUAUAGGAAGAUAAAAAGAAAAUUUGUUUUUUUUUUUUUAGUUUGUUGAAAAAUUAUUUUUAAAAUCAAAUUUCUUACAAGCUAGUAAUUAAUAGAUCCGUAACACGCAAGAAAAUUCAAAAUUGAAAAGAAGAGAAAGUUGAAAAAUUUUGGAAAAGAAUUUAAUUUUUUUUUUAAGUUUUAAAUUUAAAAAAAAAAAAUUAUAAUAAGAAAAAUAUAAAUUUAUAAAUAAGUUUUCAAAGUGAUUUUUGUGAGCACUUUCAAAUAAUUUUUAAAUUUAUAAAAAUUAAUAUCAAAAAUAAAGUGAAGAAAAAUUGAAAAUUUCAAAAUAGCCAGGAAUAGAAAAAAAAAUUUCUUUUUCGAAAAAUAAUAGAAAAGCUAUAGAUGCAGUUUUAAAGGAUUAAAAAUAAUUAAAUAAAUAAUCUUAAAAAAUAAAAUAAAAAAAACGCCUUUAGUACAAACUUUUAAAAUUGUUAUAAAACUUGCAAAACAUUUUAAAAUAAAUCAAGAAUAUAGGAAUAAUAAAAAUAAUCAGAUUUUAAAAUAGAAUUAAGAAAUAUCAAACAAUAAAAUUUUUAAUAAAAAUUUCAUUGUUUCCGGAUAUAUGAAUUCAAUUUCGCAUUAAUAUAUUAAAAAAAAAUAAAACAUAAACUUCAAUAAUAGAAAUAUAAAACAUUUAAUUUAAUGAUAAUUAAAUAUUUAAUAAUUGAAUUUUAAAUCAAAGUGUCAACACUAAAUUCUGUGAUACUAGUGCGACAAAAUAAACUUCAAGUUUAUAAGAAAAUUAAAAUCUAAAUUAUUAUUAAAAAUAUUAAAAGAACAAACUGAGAUCUGAUUAUCUUAAAAAAAUUUAAUGUUAAAAAAAUACAAUUAAAAAAAAGAACAGUCAUAAAUUUUAAACAGUAAUUAAAAGUAAAAAUUGCAUUUCUUAAAAUUCAAAGCAUUAAAAUUAAUAGAUAAUAAUAAUAUAUAUAUACAAUCAAAUAAAUUUGUAAAGAAUAUAUAUAUAAAAGAAAAUUAUCAAUUAGGAAAAAGCUAAUAAAAACGUUUUUUUUGUUUCAACAUUAAUUAAUCCUAUAAAUAAAUAAGAAAGAACUACAAACAUAUAUAAAAAAAAUCUGAAAAAAAAUUUUGAACGUUGAACAAAAACUCAAAUUUAUAUAAUAAAAUUUUCCUAUACUCAUAAAAUAUUAAUAUAAAAUAGAAAUAAAUUAAAAAGGGUGUGUUAAUUAAAAAUAAAAAAACAAUAAGUUACAAUAUAUAUAUAGCUAAAAAUCCGUAAUACCUAUAACUUAAUAGAGCAGCUAAAAAAUCAGUUUAUAUUUAAUGAAACCAAUUAAUUAUAUAAAAAAGCAUUUCAGAAAAAGAUAGCAAAGUAAAACAUAUAUAAUAAAUAAAUAUAUAAUUAAAAUUGUGUGUGAUAUAAAUUAAUUAAUACAAUUUUUUGUUUUAUAAAUCUAAACAGAAAAAUCAUUAAAAGAAUUGCUUUAAUAAAUUCUAUAUAUUUUGAAUGACUUACUCGCACAAUAAUAAAAUUAUGGCUGCCGGAGGAGCAACAACAACAUCGCCAUCUACAAUGGCAUCACAAAAACAACGUAUUGGAAAUGGUACAAAUCAUUCCGUCAGUAUUACAACGACAUCAUCAUCACCUCCAUCUUCAAUAUCAUCGUCAUUGUUAAAUGCUUCACCACCUAACAGUACAAAUAAUAGUUUUAACAUUACUUCAACAUCUAGUACCGGCGGCAGUGGAAGUAGUUACAGUAGUAGUAGCAGCAGCAGCAGCAGUAGCAGUAGUAGUAGCAGUAGUACUAGCAGUAAUGGUGGUUAUUAUGCCAGUCGCAAACAUUCGCAACAAUCUUCAAGAACUCAUGGCGGAUGGCAUCAUCGUCAAAAUAAUAAAAAUGGACGUUGUACCAAUGGUGAUAAUAUUUUAAUUAAUUCUUCGGCAAAUCAACAAAAUCAUCAUUCGCAUCAUCAUCAACAUCAUCAUCAUCAUCAUAAAACAAUAUUAAAUAAUAGUGGUAACAGCAAUAUUAGUAAUGGAAAAUUUUCAAAUAAAGCAGGACGUCAUAAUUAUAAUCAUCAUCAUAAUAAUCAUCAUCACCAUUCGCGACAUCAUUAUCAAAAUAACAACAAUAGUAAUAGUAAUAACAUUAACAAUAAUAAUGGUGGUAAUAAUGGUGUACAAGUUUUAUUAAAUGUUGGAAAUAAUAGUACACGUUAUAAUGGCAAUUAUAAUAUAACAUCGUCAACAUUUGCACUUUUACCAACUUUAUCGCAUUUUGCUGCAAGUAAAUGUUUUGAUGCUCCAGCUCCAACUGCAUUACCGAAACCACCACAACAUUGGACAACAAAUAAUACAACAGUUUAUAGUGAUAUAUUAAUUGAGAAUGAUGAUGAUUAUAAUAAUGAAUAUGAUAGUGAUGAUCUCAUUAAUAUUAAUAAUAGUAAUGUAAUGAAUAAUGUAUUAAGAAUAACACCAACAUCAAAUGAAGCAGUUAUAACAAAUAUAACAACACCAGCAGCAGUAGUAGCAGCAUCAAUAACAGCAACAACAACAACAACAUCAUCUACAAAAGUUUCACCACCAUCAACAACAUCAACUCCAAUACCAAUCAUUAAUUAUAAUAAUAAUAAUAAUAAUAAUGUUAAAGUAAAUAUUAAUGAUGGUGCAAAUAAUAAUAAUAAUAACAAAAAUAUUAUUAAUAAUUAUAAUAAUAUAAAUAAUACAUCUUCUUCCAAUAUUAUAUUAAGAAAUUGUAGUAGCAGUGCAACAAAGAGUAUUUUAAAAUCAUCAAAACGUAAUUUAUUAGAUGACUUCAAUACGCACAAUUUAAAAUUAUUGCUCAAUGUGCAAUCAUAAAUUGUAAAAUUACUAUAAAUGGAUUAAAAGUUUUUAUAUAUAUAUAUAUAUAUAUAUAUAUAUAUAUAUAUAUAUAUAUAUGUACUUAUAUCUUAUUAUAUACAAGAAAGGUUUUUGUUUUUUGUGUUUUCUUACAUUUUUUUUUUAACCAAAACAAUUUGACUAACAGAAAAUUUAAUUCUAGAAUAAAAUUAUAAGUAUAUAUAUUGUGAAUUCAUUCAUGACCCUUUUCAAGCUUUAUCAUCAUAUUUAAAAUUAUUACUUUUAUUAUAUAUUUAUUAUAUAUUACAGUAUAUAUAUAUUUUUUUUAACGUUUAAAUUUUAUUCAAUUUUUUUUUUUUUUUUUUUGGUAAAAAUGAAUGAAGUAAAUCUGUAUGUAUAUCUUAAUGUAUUUAUAAAACAAUAGGGAAGAAAAUUGGAGCUUAACUAUUUUUAAAAAUUAUGGUUAACUCAGAAUAAAUACUUGCUGGAAUUUAAGAAUGAAAAAUGCACGUAAAAUACAAUGAAAUUAAAAAAAAAAACAUUAUUUUGUGUUUUUUUUCCUUUUUUUUUUGAUAAUACAACGGUUUUGAAUACAAGAAGCUAAAUCAAUGAAACCCACAACAAAUUAAUAAUUAUUAUCAGAAAUAAAUGGAAAAUUUUUUGAAAAUAAAAAACAUCAUAUACCAAAAUAGUCUGUAAGAAAUUGUAUUAAAAAAAAAAUAAAAUAAAAUUCAUAAAUUAUCACAAAAAACUAAAAAAAAUUUAAAAAAUUAAAAAUAUGCAAAAUAUAAAAUUAUUAUCAAACUAAAUACAAGUGAAACAGAGAAAAAAAUUUUAACUGAAAUUUUUGUGAACAGUUUUUUUUUUUUUUUUUGUGAAAAAUGCAAAUCCAAUUUUGCAAUUAAAAGAAAAAGAUUUCCCAAAGCAAUCACACGCAAACACACACAUAAUUACUGUAUGAUAAUAAAAAUAAAUAAAAGAAAAAAUAUUUUUUUUUAAAUUCAAUAUUUAAUAAAAUUUUCUUAAAAAUAUGACAACAGAUAUACUUAUACUAUAUAUAACAGAAAAUCCAAAAAUAAACAGCUCGAAAUAAAAAAUAUUGUAUAUUUAAAAACAAAAAUGAAUUAUAUAUUGUAUGUAUGUAUGAAAUAUUGUAUAUAUAUUAUAAAAAUUCCAUAGCCCAGCAUUAAUAAUAAAAAAUAAAUUGCAACUUAUUAAGAAAUCAACUCUUUCUACCAAUAUUUAAUUAAAUACAUAUAUUUAUUAUGGUUUAGAAAAAAAAAGAAAAAAAGAAAAUUUAAAAUUACAAUUUUUAAAAAAAUAAAUUUAAAAAUUUUGAUAAAUAAACACAAGUGAAUACUAUAUAUAAUAUAUAUAAAAUAUAUAUAUAUAAUAAAUAAUAAUAUGUAUAAGAACAA